AUCGCAUUCAAAUAUCAACCUUGUUCUGCCAAUUGUGCACCACACACAUCCCUUCUGGCUUAGCGUAGUCAUCCUCAUAAACUAUGUCGACGAAGCCGCCCUCUCGAGUGGUCUUUGUGGGAAACAUUCCUUAUGGUCUCUCGGAAGAACAAAUCACAGACAUCUUCAGUACCUGUGGUCAGGUCUUGAACUUCCGUCUCGUUUAUGACCGGGAAACCGGUAGGCCCAAGGGCUUCGGGUUUGCGGAAUACCCCGAUGCAGAUUCAGCAGCUUCGGCCGUGCGAAACCUGAAUGACUACGAAGUCAUGAAUCGCAAGCUUCGCGUCGAUUAUAGUACCGAGGGGCGUGUCGGAGAAGAAGACGAUAAGUCGGGUCCGAACAAUGCGAACAACGGCAACAGCAGCAGCAACAACAAUAACAACAAUAUGAUGGGAUCCUACAACCAGCACUCCAAUGGUAUUCCCGCCGCGCCCCCUGUUUCCAUGUCGGGCUCGCUGCCCCCGCUCCCACCUGGAAAGGAGCUCCCCCCCGGAGUUGGCUUUCAUGAUGCUAUCUCGAGAACACUUCACACUCUGCCCCCGGCUCAACUCCUUGACAUCCUGUCACAGAUGAAGUCUCUAGCAACAACAGACCCGGCGCGAGCAACGGAACUCCUGUCUGCAGCACCGCAGUUGUCUUACGCCAUCUUUCAGGCGCUGUUGUUGAUGGGUCUAGUUUCGCCUGAAGCUAUCCACUCUGUCAUUGAUGCCAGUGCCGCACCGCCAGUGCAACAAGCGCCUCCUGCUGGCUAUACCCCGGCGCCCAUGGCUGGUAUACCAGCUGGCUUUCCUGGUGUCGUGACUGGCACUCCUCCAGUGGCCACACCUUUUGCACCGCCUCCGGUUGCUCAAGCCCCUCCUCCCAGCUACGGAGCCGCUCCUGUCGCCAGCGCGCCGGCUCCGGCGCAGAACCCGGACCAGUUGCUCAAGAUGGUUAUGGAACUGCCACAAGCCACUAUCGAUCAACUUCCGGAGGGCGAGAGACAGCAGAUCAUGAUGCUGCGUGCGCAGCUCAUGGGCCAGCAUCGGUGAUUUGAUCUUCUCAGUUAUGGCAUGGCCAGGAGUUUGGGUUAUUUCUAUGAGAGUGGAGAGCAGUUCGGCGUUUAGGAUACUGUUAGUUGAUGCCACGGAAAAGCGUUUGGAUUCGUUGACAUGCCUGCGGUCAAGCAGCAUCAUGUUGUCAGCCAUCAUGCACAAUAAAGUAAUGAUUUAGACACAGGCAC